CUUACUCUUUUGAGUAGGUAUUGGCCAAUUUCCAUUCACUUUGACUCUUUUCUUACUCUGCUCUUACUCUCUCUCUCUAGUCUUACUUGCACAUGCUCUUACCUUACCACUACUGCUCCUCAACUUUUUUUGCAAUUUAGGCCAAAAAACGGAGAAUUUGCUCUUUUUAUUGAAAAAUUUGGCGUUGGUUCUUUUUUCGCAAAACAAUACGGAUAUCUGAUGUUUGGCCAUCUUAUUCUCCCCUAGCAGCAAAAACAGCUCAAAUUGAAAAACUCCACUCUGCUUUUUGUUUUAGGGUCUAAACUACCUAUUAGGCCCAUUUUCAACCCAAAUAAAAAUUUGCUGUUGCCCAGUGUUAUUUCCCUACAUUUCACUGUUUUUUUGCAUUCUGCAUGCUAAAAUAUGAACAUUUAUGUUUCUUUUUUAUUAUACUGAAAUUGAGGGAGAAGGUGGAGGAACGAUGAAAAUUGCGUUAUUGUACUGUUCUCGGUCUUGAAAUUUUAUGAAAAAGCGUUCCAGUUUCCGUUCCUGGUUCUUAUAAAAUUUCAUUUUUAAUCAUUUUGUUAGUUUUGCAAUUGCAAGAACGUUCUAUUCUAUCGAAAAACGGAGACUUCUUGUUCAUGUUCUUCAUUCUUCAAAAAAAAAAAAAAAAAAAUGAAGUUCUUGUUCUUAUGGCGAAUUAGUAGCGUUAUUCAUGAGUUAUCCUACUAGUAGAAAGUACAAAAGUAGAAUAAAACACGCCUUCCCACGUUUGGAUGUAAAAUAUGUUACUUAUUUUAUUCAGCUACUCAACUAGUGAAAUAAAGUGAUUUUCGACGAUUUUAAAUUACUUCCCUCGCAUCACUUUAUUUCACUAGUACCUAGGAUAAAAUACCAUUAAAGUUCAAAAAGUAAAAAAAAAUCUACAAGUGUCACACUGGUCACACUGCUUUUCUGUUUUCGUGUCCGUCAGCACUGAUCGAAGAACCGGAUUGAAAACAAACGGAAGGAGGAAGCCCGCCAACGAGCAAACGGUGCAACUGAAAAGUGAAAGUGCAACUGCAAACCUUCUCAAAUGCCAUGUGCUCAUGUGAUGUGAUCAGAUGAAGAUCAUUCGUAUUCGUCUCGCGUCUCGCCUUUUUAUUAAUUUUGCAUUUUGCAUUUUUGCGACUUAUGUUUUUGGGUUCUACUGAUUUUUCGAAGUAUUGUGUUAACUGAGCUUAAUUGUCGGCGAAAGUUAUUUUUGUGCUGUUUAACUUUUACGUAUUCGUCAAGCCUCAUACAGUUCAAUUGGAGUACCACGAAUUCCUCAUAGUCAUAACCCGAAAAAUGAAUCCCGCUGGUAUCGUUGACGACGGAAAUCAUGUUAUGGAACAUAACACCGUGGCGAUACCACUGGCUGAUUGGCAGGAGAUAAAGUAUCAACUCGCUGAUCAACGCCGCGAGCUGAAUGAACUUAGGCGGAAUCAAGAUACCGAUCAUCGUACCAUCGCUAAUCAACAAACGACCAUUAAUGCGUUAGAAACUACCAUCGCUACUCAACAAACGACCAUUGAUGCGUUAGAAACUACCAUCGCUACUCAACAAGCGACUAUUGAUGCGUUAAGAACCGAUGUUACAAAUUUACAAGGCUGCAGCAAUCGUUUAGUAAGCCGACAAAUAAUCAAUAAUGAGAUGAGAUGGUUGGAUACGAACAUAGAACGGAUUCGUCGACACGACCCCGAAUUUGCCGACACGCUAGACUAGAAGAAUAUAUGACGACGAUGAAUCGAAAUGCCCAUCCGACGGAUUUGAAUUUUCUCGGUGGCGAUACCUGAGACGGUACCGGACAACAUCGCGACAUGUUACGCGGUAUUCGCCGGCUCCGGACGCAGCUGUUGGCAGACCGAGACCGUCGUGCUGAGCGAAGAAGACGUCAUCGUGUGGUAGCGAUGGCUUUUCAUCGUGGUAGGGUGCAUAGAAGACGAAGAUGAGCGAUGUUUCUUAUUUUUUCUUAAAGGAUUUUGACGUGCAAUCAUUUUGUGAUUUAGAAUAUUUCGUUGUAGUUGUAGGUUUCAUGUCGUGUACUGUCUUGUUUGUAUGAAUCGGUAUAUUUCGAAGGGUCUUUAAUGGAAACCUCAAUACGUCAUACGUGAUUAAUAUUUGGCAAACCAUUAUUAUAAAUAUGUAGGUAAUCGAAUUGUAAAGUGUUGAGUUCCUUGUUAUACAUAUAUUUGGUCUCUUGACGUGUAUAUAGCCUAGAAAAUUCGAAUGUUUUGUCAGAAAAAUUGGAGAAUAGUAUUGAAGUGUAGUACAAGGACAGUGAACAAUACUAUAAAGGUGAGUUGAGAAAAGUGAAGUGUAAAUUGGACUACCAAAAUUAUUUUAAAGACAAGCUGGACAAGAAAUGAAAUAUUAGAGAAAACGAAGGAAAAUUUGGUCAAAGCGAACUUGGCCAGUGAAAAAUUGAAGUAAGAUGUCGCUGUUGAUUUUCCAUUAAUUUACCUACACCUGGGGAUACCUCACCAUUCUAAUGUUUUGUCAGAAAAAAAUGAAGAAUUGGAAUAUAGUAUUGAAGAGUACGAGGACAGUGAAAAAGACUAUAUAGGCGAGGUGAGAAAAUUGAAGUGGGGGCCCUAAGAUUUCUUUUUUGUUUUUAUUGAGUACUUCAGGUUACUAAGAAACGUGCGCGUUUCUACUUUUUAAAAAAAACGAUUCUAUAAAAUUAUGCGACAUGUGAUAAUCUUUUCAGUAGAGUGUUAUGAAGUUGUGUGAUCGAAAGAAAAAUACCUACUUAAGUAUGUUAAUUUAUUUGUACAUAUUUGUAAGAUAUACUUGAACAUUUGAAAUAUUUUUUUAGUUCUAUCUAAUUACUAAGUAUCAUAUUAUUACUAUUGACUUUGACGCUUGAAUUUAAACCUGUUCGUUAGGAUAGCUAAUUAUUAUUUUUUUAUAUUUUUCCCACUCAAAGGAAAAAUUACAAUAAGAGCUACUGAAAAAUAUAAUGACGUGUACGUAUACCUACCUAAACCUACCUUGGUGGGAAAAUUCUUGUAAUAUGGUUGCUAUUAUUUUGUUUAUUAUUUUUAAAUUUUGAUUUGCUUCAAUUUAGUCAUGUUUUAUGUGAAUUCUUGUACCUGCCUAUUGAUGUCUUACGUUUUAAAAUACAACCUUUAUUCCUUUGUGUAUAAAUUCUUUUCUAAUUUCAA